AAUGAAUUCAUUGAUUGUAUGUAUUGUCGACUAAACGAUACCUCCUUUUGCCGAAGGAAUGCAAAAAAGAUUUGUUAUCUUUGACCACAAAAGUCGAUGGACUCAUAGCCGUCAUCAUCACCGACAAGGAAGGAGUUCCACUAAUUAAGGUGGUGAACGAUAGCCACGACCCCAACCUCGUGGGUCGGCCCACAUUCGUGUCGUCCAACUUCACGACAGGUGUGGAACAG